ACCCAGUCAACUCAGUGUCAUGUCAGUCCUGGGAGGGUGAGGUGCCGUUCCUUGUGGUGCUGUAAUGCCGCUCUCAUAUGCACAGUACAAGAAGCAAUGGGGGGCGCUGUUCCCCACGCCUUCCAGCUUCCUCAUCUUCAUCAUCUACAUGGCACUCUUCAUCAACCAAGGCAUCAUGGUCACUGCGUCACAGCAGGCGGACAGCAGUUACAGCUAUAACACAGUGACGGUGGUGCUGCUAACGGAGGUCACCAAGCUGCUUACGUCCAUCACCGUCUACCUGAAGGACAACUCCAUUUGUAAACUCCUGGCUGAUGUAAAACUCCACGUGUACAUCUUGGGGUUGUACAUGGUGCCUGCCCUGUUGUACUGCCUCUACAACAAUCUUGCCUUUGUCAACCUUGCUGCAUUUGACCCCACCACCUACUUCAUGUUGCUUCAGCUAAGAGUUGUGGUCACUGGCAUAGUGUUUCAGGUUGUCUUCAAGAAGCAGCUGAGUAGGAAGCAAUGGGUCUCACUGAUCAUCCUGACGUUGGGCUGCAUCAUCAAGCAGCUCAGCACCUUCAAGCGGGGCCCCGUGGCUGGGACGCCAGAGCCUGAGGCAGGGCUCACCAAAGUGCUCACCAAUCUCUCCUCUGUCUACACCCUCCUGCUCUUGGUUCAGAUCUUCUGUUCAUGCCUCGCCGGAGUGUACAAUGAGAAGCUGCUGAAGGACACGGGGGUGGAGGUGCCCAUCAUGGUGCAGAAUGUGUUCAUGUACAUCGACUCCAUCCUCUGCGGGGGUCUUGUGCUGGCCUGUCGGGGGGAGCUGAUUUCAGCAUUCACCUCAAAAGCGCUCUCACAGGUGUGGCAGCCGUCAGUGGUGGUCGUGAUCCUGAACAACGCUGCCGUGGGUAUCGUGACGAGCCUCUUCCUCAAGAACCUCAACUCCAUCCUCAAGACCUUUGCAUCGGCCCUGGAGUUGGUCUUCAUCGCCAUCCUCUCGUGGAUAAUAUUUUCCAUUCCAAUCGACCUGUGGACAGCGGCAGCCAUUGCACUGGUGACCUAUGCAACCGUCAUGUAUGCCCAGAACCCAGUAGUGAACAGAGGGAGGCUGGACGAGGUGGAGGAUGGAAGACCGACAGAUGAGGAGAGGGCACAACCUUUGAUGAAGCCAUACCCUAGUAGCCAAAGUGUUUGAGCGUGUGUCUGCAUGUGUGUGAGUGUAUAUUUUUUAACUGUAGAAUCUUUCAAGCAUAACCUAAACUCCUGAACAUGCCACACAGAUGUCCUAUUAAAGUUAGAACUACCAAAGGAUUAUAUUACGAGUGUUUUAGAGCACAAAUUUGACAGGUUGCGGUGCAGGCGUGUCGUGAAGGGCCUUUGUUUACCGAAGGCUUACUUACUGUGAUUCUUCUGUGUUGGUUGUGUGUCCCUUCUGUGAGAUAUCAAAAAGCAAUCUUAGUUGUUCCUUAUUUAAGUGAACCCUCUUUAUGUAUGUAUGGUUAGGAUGUCUACUAGUCCACUGCAGAACAAAAGCCUUUCUCAACUUUCUCCACCUCUCUCUUCCUGAUGUAAGUGUACUCCAUGCUGCUUAAGUAAAAUCUCUAAUUUCAUCUCUUCACCUUGUUCUCUGUCUGCCCUGACUUCUAUAAUUCCUGGGUUGCCACUUUGUUACUUUGGUUGUCCAUCUGCUAUCAGUUCUACGCAUGAAAAUUUAUGACCUGCCCAAUUCUCUCUCAUUCUUAAUCAUCAUUAGAAUAUUUUCACUCUCUGCUUCCUAAUUCAUGAAGCCUGCUCUUUCUUUUUCCCUCCAUGUCACACCCAGCAUUUUACUCCAUUCUUUUUUUUGCUCUUCUAAGCUUUUUAUCUAUCUUUCAUGAGGCUCUCUUCAUGUGCUGCCCAUAGACCUGGUAGGCUCUCUUGAGGGGCCUGGUGGACGACCCCAGCCCAUUAGUGGUGCAGGUGAAUUAAAUUUUAAGUGGCUGCCGUGGUAUAUGACUCUUGCCGUAUGUUAAGGUUGGCGGGACACACUGAUAGCACACCUUUCUCUUCAGGGAGAGUGGCAGGUUGCUAUUCAUGAUAUUACUGUAUUUGAUUAAAGAACACUCAAUGGCCUUGAACUUGAUGCUAUGCAAUAUGCUCUUAUCAGUUACUUACUGGCAGUUUUGUGUCAGAAUUUUCAAUAUUAUCAGAUUUUGGCAUUUCAUCCCUUUGUAGUGUUUGUUCAUAUUUCUCACUUCUAUUUGUUUACUUAAAGUCAUGUUAGGAAUAGAGUAUUUCAGAAGAAACAUUUAGUAUUCAGUAGAAAUAUCAUGAUUUCUUUCAUAACCUGCAAGAAAAUGCCUUUACUUGCGUGUUUGUUUCCAGCCUUGAGGAAAAUUCAUUACUUUCUGAUGCCAUGAUGUGAAUUUUGGUAAUGCCAACAUUAUUAUUUUUCCAUGAGAACACAUGGUGAUUCAAGAUGUUUUGUCAGUUUAAAUAUAAGCAUUCUCCCAAAUAAGUGAUAUUAGAUUUGCAUGAAACAUCGUGCACUGGCUGUAAUAAUAGUUGAGAGUUUACAGAAGUGCUCCUUUGAAAAGAGUUGAAUGAGGUGGACUGCUGUUGUUGUAGACUUAAGGCUUUUAUGAUUUUCCUGAGGUUAGAGUACAGUUUGCAGGCAAAGUGUUUUCCUGAGUACAAAUAACAGGUAGGAAUUCUUCUGUCCUAGUCACUGUGCCAGAUGUGUCCCCCUCGCUGCCUUUAAUGAUAGAGAGAAGUGUUUCUUUCGUCUGAUGUCAUACGCUUCAAUCAGACUUCUAAUAACUUGGUGCUUCUUUUCCAAAUGAAAGUUCCAUAUGAUGGGAAUACUUGUAGAGUUAAUGUAGCCUUCAAGCCAUUGCUGCACCCAGGUUGUGAGUGCCUAGAAAAGUCUGUGUUGACGUAACAAAAAUAAUAUUGUGCAUAAAUCAACAAGCCAGGGAUGCCGGAUAAAACCCACUACUACUGACAGAAGCAGAGAAGUUCGGUAGUUUUGCCAAACUGUUCUAUGUAAGUUAUUUAGCUGUGAUUUUACUCCUGUUUUAUAAGUGAAAGUAUGUAUUUUACAUAUAUGUCUUUAUUUAUCAUUGCACUUUCCCUUAAACACUAAAGAAACUUGCAUUGGUAACACAUGAAAAGCACAGGUGCACCACUGAUUGCCGUGGGAAUGUUUUCACAACCUUACAGUUCACUAGUGCACUGGCUGCCUGUCUUGGUAUACCACAGAUGCCAAACAGUGCAAAAUAAAUAACAUAUAAAUACAGAUGUUGACACACCAGGUAUAUUGUUAACUGUCUAAAAAAAAAACACAAAUAUAAUUAUUUUAUAUUGACAAUAAAUCAUACACUUUUCUGGUGGUGAAGCCAGUAAUGCUGAAGGGUUGCUGGUUUAAAAACUUCCCAUCGGUUGGAAAGCUUUGGGAGCUUUUAUGAUCAAAAGGUAAUUUGAUGCGAACCACUUUCAACGAACAUAGGCCAGUUAAAAAUAUGGGUGACAUGUGUACCAAGCAUAUGCAUAGAAACUUAUGGAUCAUUAUACAUAUAUUAAGUUUUAAAAUUUAAACUUUUACUUUUGAGUCAAAUAUUUUAGCAUGGCUGUGAUUAAUGUUUUUGUAUGAGUAAUCCAAUACCUGUAAAUGGAUGUAAUGAUAUUUAAAAUACAUGAACUAUUCUGUGUACUGUG